AGUGGUGCUUUAUCCACAUCGACCUGCUCUGGGAAAGAGGAAACCCUACAGUGCCUUAGCUCAACCAGCUUCCCUUUUCUCUUCUUUCCCUCUCUUUUUUUUUUACUCACACCCGUUGGACGUGUGUCCGCUCAGGACAAAAAUGGCAGCAUCAUCUACACAAAGAGCACACAGGCCCUGCAAAAUAACGCUUUUUGCUUUGCUCCUCAUCGCCUCAUUUUCAAAUGCAGGAGUCAUGGCACAGACAGUGGAGCCUGUCAAACAAAUGACAGUGCAGGCUGUGGGAGAGCAGGUACGUGGAGACAUGAUCCCAAAGCCAUCCCAAGCUCCUGGAAAAGAGAAUUCGCAAGGUCAAGAACCGGUUCUUCCUACUCUAGAAACUACUGAACAAACUACAGCAGCACAAACUACAGAGGAGGCAGGAGAUACAAAAGACAGCAGAACUCCAGCUACACAAAAGGCAUAUGAUGCAACUGUAUCUAUAACUAUGAUGCAUCCUGACACACCUGAACCUGUGUCAGAUCACCCAGCACCAAGCAGAGGGGAUGGCCCCAUCAACAUACCACAGCCAGUGCCAAAGGAUGAUGUCACAUGUGUGAGCAAAGAGGCUAUUGGGGACAAAAAUGCUGUCAGUCUGAAGCUCAAGGCAUCCUCCAACUGUGAAGACUCAAAAGUGAAAAUUGAAAGUGUUCUACCAGAGUUGUGCGGUGAAGACUGUAAACUAGUGAUCUACCAGGAAGACAACUCAGAUGAAAUCCUUGUGUCUGGGAAGUACAUUGAAGAUGACGUUACAGGCAUGACUAACAAGUUCAACAAUGACAACAUAAAAGACAAGACUGAUGUGAAGGAGGCUGUUCCUCGCUGGGGGAACAACUCAAAGUUGGUGCUGGUUUCCUUGCUGCUGACUGGCCUGUUGCUGGCUGCACUGCUGGUAGCUGGUUAUUACCUCAAGACACACCGCAAGAACUCCAAAGGAGUCAGACUGGCUGAGUCUUUCCAGGUGGAUGAGGAGAACCAGGCCAAUACACUGGUGUCUGUGGCGCCCCUGCCCCAGGAGCCCCUUGAUAAGCCCACUGUCAAUGGAGAGUCCCCACCAGAGAAUGGGACCAACACUACUCCUACUACUAACGGACAGUCUGCCACUCAGAACCCAGUGGCUGACACAGAGAUGUGAAUCGUGACACCUUCAGCCUCCUCUUUUGCCAAUCAUUCUCUGGGACCCACAAGUCCCACAGCCUCAGUGUGCAAACAGCGAGACAAAUUCAACAAUCUCUCUCAACCCAUGCCUUCCUGAACGAUGACAGCAACAACAAUGAAGUCCCUGCUGACAACAUGAUGACAACAGUGACAGUGCCUGCAAUGUGAAAAGUUUGGGAAUGCUUACCUUUGCCAAUUUCAAGAGGAGCCGCACACGCUGACUGACUGGGACUUGUCUUCCAACUUCAUUAUAGUUGAAAUGGUCUUUGUAGGAUAGUCAAAUAAUGCCAUAUGUGUCAAAUAGUGUUGAUUCCUGACAAAGAAGCAGAAAAUGCUUUGUUACUUUGUUACCAGCAACUGUGAUGCAGUGAAACAAUGAAGCCAUGCAGCUGAAUGGUGACCAGUUUUUCUGCGGUUUGAUUCUGCUGUAAAAAGGAGUGAUACUGUUCCAUUUCGCAUUUGUCUUAAACUGAAUGGUUCUAGUUUGAAUUGACUGAAAGUUAGCUGCCUUUUCUCACACAGGUAACUGUCAAACUGCAAUAUUUAAAAAAAAAAAAAAAAAAAAAAA